AUAUUUGCAGGAUAAAGAUGGCGCCGUAAAUCGAACCAGAGCAGCCGGAAUUUUUGUUUAUUUUUUUAUUUAGUUUGCAUGAUUACGCAAUCAAUUGGAUUAAAUGCAAAAUUUUACAAUUUGAAAAAAUAAUGUCUGAUUUCAUAGUAAGUCCGUCCAGAUUAAGCCAAGAUCGACCGCUCUCUUCGCGAUCGUCGCGAAGCGGUCGCAGCAGCAGGAAUGAAGGCAGUGUUAGCUCUAACGAAAUGUAUGGAAUGUUUGCCAAGUUUAAAACAAACUAUGAAUCGAAAUUGCUUGGUUUGGAAGAAUUGGAAAAGUCCGGAACGAAUGUUGAUAAGGUAAAAUUUUAUUUUAAAACAAGUUCGAACAGGCCGCCUUCUUUCGCGGUCUGCUAGUGGCGGGAAAAUACUUUAUUUAAAUUACAAUUUGGGUUUAAAUUUCAUCUAAUUUUUCAGCAACGAGCUAAAAUACUUCAAUCAUAUAUAAAAGACUUAACAGAGCAGAAUGAAGUUUUAGUUAGAACUGUAGAAGACCUCGAAUCGGAAGCAAAUGAUCGUCUAGUAGCUAUGGAAGGAAAACUUCAACAAACUAAUAAAAUAUCCAAGGAAUAUUUGAACAAGGCAAGAAGUUACGAACAAGAAGUUAGAACUCUUACUAGAAAUAAUACCGAGUUGGAGGACACAGUAAACAAACUGAGGGAUGAGGUUGCCGAAGCAAAAGUUAAACAGGACAAUAACAACGAAAAACAUUAUCGUAAACAUCAAGAUUUACAGAGAUUAAUUGAUCAAAGAGAUGGCGAUAUGAAAGUAACGCAACAAGAAUUAGAAAGAGUUAGAAGAGAAUUAGAAAUGAUACAGAGUAGAAAUCUCUCGACUAGUUUUGAAUAUAGCGAACUAUCUAAUAAGGAAACACCGACUAAAGAGACUCGUACAACGAAUAAUAACAGUAGUGAUAUGAUUAGAAGGAAAGACGAAAAGAUUGCGGCUCUACAAAAUGAUAUAACAAGUUUAUUAAAGCAAUUGGCCGUUAAAGAGAGCGAAAAUACUAAUCAUAUCCACAGUAUUAGAUUGUUGCAGGAACGCGACACAAACAAUUCUAGUCAACUUGAACAAUACGAGGAAAAAAUAGAAGCGUUAAGAUCCGAGCUGAACGUUUUGAGAGCAAAUCAUACUCGUUCAAAGCACGAUAUUAGCCAUUAUGAUAGACGAAUCAAAGAAUUGGAAUCAGAUCUUCGGGAAGCCCAUGAACAAACUAAAAAAGCUCAUGAAGAAAUUGGCGCCUUACAAUCGAAACUGAGAGCGGCCGCUUCAUCGAAUCACGAUCAUCACGAUGUCUUAAAAGCUGAAUUAUCGAGAAGAGAUGAAACUAUCCAAUUAUUACGAUCUGAUAUCUUACAACUUCAGAAUAAGAGGGAUACAAUCCAAUCUCAGAAAGAUGAAUUGGAAAGACAUUAUGUCAGUUGUGAAGUUCGUUUUGAGGAUUCUGAAAAUCAGGUUGUCAAAAUGGAAGAUAAGCUUAGAAAAACGGAAUUAGAGCUUGAGGGUGUCAGGCGUCAAUAUCAAGACACGAGAAUUGAAGCGAGAGAAUACAAAAGUAAAGUUGCUCAGAUUGAAUCAGAAUUACAAUCUACAAAGACCCAAAGUUCCGACUCUUCUACUCAAAUUUCAAAACUAACAAAUUCGCUGCAAAAACUGCAAAAUCAAUCGAAAGAGACACGCGAUACAUUAAGUGCCCAACUCCAAGACGCUCAUGACACAGUUGCAAACCUCAGACUGCAAAUGAAAGAUAUUGAACAAGAAAAACAAGAAGCAAUUGCUCUAGCUCAAGAUCGAUUAGAACAACUUUCCACAGCUAAAGACGAUAUAAAUUCGUUACAAAAGAGAGCAAAUCAUUUGCAAGAGAUAGCUAACAAUGCUGAAAAAAAUCUUAAUGCCGUUACAAUUCGUCUUGACCAAAGUUGUAAAGAGGAAAAAGAGGUUCACCAUAAUCAAGAAAAUUUGCAACGAAAGGCCAAAAUACAUGAAAAAGAUGGUGAAAUUUCUAGAGUUCAAGAAAAAUUACGCGCCUGCGAAGAGCAAUUACAAUUUGCCCGAGGACAAAUCAGCGCCAAAGAAAAAUACAUCAUGAAUGCCGAUCAAGAACUAAGCGAAAGGCAAUGUGAAUUGGAGAGAAAGGAGACUGUUAUUAAACAAGGAGCUUUCGAUUUGAGGCAGGAGGAAGAAAGGCAUCGUAACACCUUGGCAGAGCUUAACAGAAGAGAUAUUACUGUCAAACAAUUGGAAAGUGAUUUAAAACAAUUAAAAGAUCAAUAUUGCGGUCUAUUAGAGGAAAAUGGUAGGCUAGACGCCAGAGUUCAUGCUGCAACAUUAAAUGCUCAAAGCGAACAAGACGUUUUAGCGUCGGAAGUUAAACGAAGGGAAGAAGCAGUCGAAAAAGCCAAAUAUGAAUUGAUAAAUCUACAAGAAGAAAAAAGUAAACUUAUGGAAAAGAAUGCUCAAGAUAGGCAAACAAUAGAAAAUAUGGACGAAAAAAUUCAAAGACUUUGCAAUGAAAUAAGCGCUAUGAAAGAUGUCAUCGCAUCUAAAGAGGCCGAAAUAUCCUCAUUUAAAACUGAUAAUACUAGCCUAACAGAUCAGAUAGGCCACCAUCAAACUCAACUACAUGAAUUAAACAGUGAACUAGCUUCAAUGCAUUCAGAGAUUAAGAAUCUUAAUGAAAAGGUUGAAAUUAAAGAGGAUAUUCUAAGCCAAACUAGAUUAGACAAUGAAUCUUUACAAAGGCAGCUACGGGAUUGCAUGAAUAAAAUUGCCUCCAGAGAUGAUGCUAUUAAAAAGCUACAUUCCGAAUUAACUAAAUUAAAGAGUCAAAAAGAAGGAAAAUCAUUGGAAAAUCAGAAGCAAAGUGAAACUAUUAGAAAACUGCAACACGCUCUUUCAUACACUCAGACCACUUUUGAUGAUUCUAGACGAAGAGCUGCUGAUGACAUUUCCCACCGAGACGGUAAAAUUGAAGAGCUACAAAGUAAAUUGAACAAACUAGAAAAUCAGUAUAAAAAAGCGUUCGACAAGAUAUCAACUUAUGAAGACGAAGUAGAAAAGUUAAACGCUGAUAAUACAGCAUUAACGGAUAAAUUAUCGAAAACUGUAAAGGAUUUAGUUCAUUAUGAAGAAAGAGUUCACGAAAUUGAACUGGAGUUGGCGAUAUCGAAAGAAAAACAUCAAACUUGCCAGGAAGAAGUAACUAACAGAGACGAUUGCAUCAUUAAAUUACAAACGGAAAUUGAUACAAUGCAACAACAAUAUUCAACUGGUAUAGAAGAGUUAAAUAUAAGAGAUUCCGAAGUUCAAAGGUUAAAUAACAGAGUUAAGGAAUUACAAGCUCAAGUUAAGGAAUACUGUAAUGAAUUAGACUUAAAAGAACAAAAGAUUAGCGAAGAUGUCAGAGCUUAUCAACAACUUCAACAAGAAUUACAAAAGAGUAUUUUAGAGUGUCGAAAUAGCGAUCGAACCUCAGAUCAAUUAAGAGCUGAUUUAGACGCUUGUAAAAGACGGCAUACAAAGGACUUGGAGACUUUACAACAACAUUUGGAAGAGUCUCAAAAGCAAAAUUUACAAGCACAACACCAAUUAGACGAAGUCACCCACGAAUUAACCCGUGUUAGAUCUGAAUAUGAAAUGUGCUGUGAUGAUUUGUCUAAGGUUGUUUCCAGUAAAGAAUGCAGCGAGGGCGAAGUUAAACGAUUAAACAACCAAUUAGACCAACAAGCUAGUACGCUCGGCCAAGCUAAUCAGAGAAUUGCAAACCUAGAAGCGGAAUUAGAAUCGGCGGUUGACGAUGUUCGUAGAUUGGACGAUUCGUUAGCAACAUAUAGUAGGAAAUAUGCCGAUACUUCAGAACGAGCUUCAGACUUACAACAGAACCUCGCAUCAGUUCAACAACAAUUAGCUUCCGUUAACGCUCAGGAUGCUGAGAAAGAGAGAUUAAUAUCUACUAUGCAAGCACAAAUGACAAGACUUAGCAAUGAUUUGGAAGAAACAAGAGCACAGAUGAAUAGAUGCGAAGAGAUUAUAAAAGAAUUAACAAGUGAACUAACAGCUGCUCAAACCGAUUUAAAUAAAUCAAACGAGUUAACAAACACUCUUCAAUUGCAAAUUAAGCGAACUGAAGAAGCUUUAGAAGAGACACAAGAUCAGUGCAUACAUCAUGAAGAAAGGUGUAGAAAGUAUCAAGAAGAACUUUUCCAAUACAAACAAUCUUUUUCUCAUUCGGAUGAGGACUACGCUAAACGAUGCGAAGAAAUUAAUCAGUUAGAAUAUGAUUUAGAGGACAGUCGAUCCGAGUUACAAAGCAAGUCAAGACAAACGUCAGAUCUGAAAGAGAAUAUGAAUGAUCUGAAAUCCGAAUUGGAAUCAAUGCGCGAACAAAAUGAAGCACUAGAAGGAGAAAUAGCAAGACUGGAGUCUUCAAUGCAAGAUUAUCAAUUAGCCGCUGCCUCUGAACAGCAAAAGUAUAGAUCAGAAAUUGCUCAACUUCAAAAUGCAGUUGGCCAUUUCGAAAGCGAAUUGACAGAGUCUAAAAAUGAAGUACUUCAAUUAUCUAAUGCGAUGAAUAUCAAGGUUCAAGAUUUGGAUAAUACAAGACUAAAUCUUGAAAAUAUGAAAUUAGAAAUAUCCAAUAAAACCCAAAUGAUCGAUGAUCAAGAGGAGAUUAUCCGUAAUUUAAGACAAGAUAUAAAUACUUUAGAAAGAUCCAAUAAAACUUCGGACAAUAGAGUAGUAGAACUGUCAGACGAAAUUGAACAAUCUCGAAAAGAUUUAACAUCCAUUAGAGAACAAUUUAAGGAGGCGAGUCAGCAAAUUGCUCAUUACGAAGAGAAACUAGAUGUUGUCAAUAGAAGUCUUACCAAUAUGCAGGAGCAAUACUCUUCAAAAGUGUCCGAAAAUGUUAAACUGGAACAAACAUCUAGACGUCUAACAACAGAACUUAAAACGCUUAAGGAAAGAACGUCUAGUUACGAAGAUGAAAUUGAAGAAUAUAAAGGAACAAUAGAGAAAUUAAGAAAGGAUGUUCUCGCCGCCAGAGAAGAGACUCAUAAUUCUAUACAGGAAUGUAUGACUUAUAAGCAAGCGAUGGCAAGAAUUGAAGGAGAAUUAAAUGAAAAGAGGGAACAAGAAGCUCUCUUAGCUAAACAAGUUCAACAUCAAGAUGAUUUACUUUCAGAAUUACAAGACGAACUUAAAAACGAAAGGUCUAAACAGCAAGAUCUGAAUAAAAAACUGCUCAAGUUUGCCAAACAAAUAGAACGUUUGCAAAACGAUACUGAAAGGUAUGCUAUGAACGAAAAGGAGCUCAAACACCAAAUAUCAGAAAAUGAAAGACAUUUAUUGUCGGUAAGGGAAGACUAUCAUGUUCAACAGGAGCGUAAUAGGCUACUAAAAGAAGAACUAACUGAGAAAGAAGGUCAACUAAGAGUAGCAAAGUUAAAUUUGGAAAGUGGUCAAAAACAAAACAGUUUACACGCUCAAGAGGUACAACGCUACGAGGAAAUUGUCUCACAGAUGCAUGCUGAAAUAGAUAAGAGUAAGGAGGAUUGUAGACGUACUCACAAUGAUUUGAUAAGAAGUGAACAAGCACUAGCUGAUCUUAAACUCCAAUUAGCAACUGCUCAAGGUAACCAUAAAGAGACUGUCGAACAACUAAGUGAAAAAACAAGACAGUUGACAACAGCUAGACAUGACAUAGAGCAAUGUCAUAGACAACUUCAAGCUCUAACGAACGAUACCGAUUUAGUUGAGGAGAAGAAUAAAAAAUUACGUCUAGAUAUGGCCAUCUACGAAGAUGAGAUAACGAGUCUAAGGAAACAAAUAAAAGUUAACGAAGAGACAAUAGAAGGUCUUAGAGUAGACGUUUCCGCAAGACAGGAACAGAACCGUCAAUCCCUAAUGGAACUUAGCGCCAAAGAAGAGGAAUUAGUCGUCUUAAAAGUAGAAUCAUCAACCAUUCACGAAAAGUUCAGAGAGCUUUCCGAUUCGUACGAAAUGGCCAAAAGAGAACUUGAAAGUAUAAAAUCAAAGUACUCAGUGGUAGCUGACGACUGUAGCCAAACGAAAAGGAAUUUAGAAGAAGAGAAGCACAAUGCAGAGAGGCUUAGAAAAGAAAGCGAACUGGUCGUUCAAAAUGUGAAUACUUGGGUUAGAGAACAAAAAACGGCUAAUGAAAAGCUUGGAAAUAAGAUACGAGAACAAAGCAGAGCAAUAGUUUCCCUAACAGCAGAAAAAGAACGCCUUACCGAACAAAUUGCAAGUUUAAAUCGUUCCAAUCAAAAAUAUAAAUUAGAAUUAGAUGAUAAUCGUCUUGAUUAUGAGAAAUAUAAAGUAUUACAAAGUCAAAGUGGACAACAGCAAUCUCUUCUGCAACAAUUACAAUCGAAGUUAAAUCAACACGAAACUGAACAGGAAACUGAAUUGAAAGAAAAGGCAAACACUAUUGAAGAUUUACAUAAUCGCUUAAAAUGUAAUAUUGACGCUGUUAAUCACCUAAAUAAUCAACUGAGCUUAAUGCAAAAGGAAAAUGUUAAAUUAAGAUCGGAUUUAGAGAAAUCCCUAACAAAUCAGCAAACCCUUCGAUUACAAUUGGAUAAAUAUGGUGGAGCAGUUAACGAUUCAUCAAAUGUGAUAAAUACAUAUACUGAAAAGGCUUUAUUAGACGCCGCCGCAAUAAGCGACAACGAUCCUAGAACUUUCGACAAAAGUUAUUGGAUAAAUAAAGUGGGUCAAUUGACUAUGCAAUUAGAGCAAACAGCUCAAAGUGAUAAAGAAAGGCCCACUGCUUUAGCCUCAUGA